GAUAUUUAGAAGAUUUAAGGUCCAAUUUAUUAUCUGCUUUACUGUAACGACGAUUCAAAUUCUUGUCUAAACCCAUUCCAUUUGAUAUGAAAUUACAUUGUCAACAAAAUUAGGUUAUCUUUUUAUUACACACAACGUUCUCUUCUAUUUGGUUACAUUUUACAUUGUACAUAUUACAUACAACGCAAAAUUAAUUAAAACUUAAUAUGUUAACGUUUAAAACAUUAACAAAGUCUUAUCAAGCCAUUACGUCGGGAAGUUUUGCAGCAGCUGGAAGUAUAUUUGGAAAAUUGACAGGACAUGAAUAUUUUGAGGGUAAUAUUUUAUUAAAAUUAAUUUGUUUUAUAUUAAUGUUAAUAUGCAAUGCAUGUGUUUGGACGUUUUUUGUAAAAGCUUUACAAAAUUGUAAAUCUUCGCUAUCAGCAACUUUAAUAAGUACUUCAACAAAUUAUAUUGUUACAGCUUUAUUUGGCUUUUUAAUAUUCGAAGAAGUAACAUCAAUUUUAUGGUGGUUUGGAUCAUCUCUAGUUGUUUUAGGUUUGAUAUUAAUAGUUCAUGAUCAAGAAAAGGUAAAAGCAGGUUAAUCAAAUAUCUUAAAGAACUUUUUAUAUUUUUAUUUAUCCCAUUUUCAUUGAAAACAUUCACAUGUUGGUUACAUUAUAAAUUAAAACCAAAUUUUUAUAUUUAAUAAAAUGUACAUAAAU